AUGGAUCCGACUAUUGAUCCAUGUGUCGAUUUUUACAAUUACGCUUGUGGAAAGUGGAUCAAUAACUCGGUGAACCUCAACUAUCCAUCAUGGAACGUACUCUAUGAGACAAACAUGAAAGCGCAUGACAAGAUCGUCAAUGUUAUUUUAAAGGUAAUAAAUGGUGACUCAUCGAUUCCUCUAAAUCGAGGUGAGCGAGCCGCAGUUGAACUGUUUAAUCAGUGCACCGACAUGAACAAGUUGCGCACAAUAGGUCUGAACACGUGGCUUCGAUUUGUCGAGGAGCUCGGUGGUUGGAUGAGGGAGCUGAAGCAAGACGUCCCAUCCGUCCCACUUCAUUUGUCCAUACUGAACGCUUACAACUACACUGUUUUUCCUCUCUUCGGAGUUGAUGUCGACGUUAACUACUUUGACUCAAAAACCCAUAUUAUCACUAUUUAUGAACAACUUCCAUUGCUGCUCAAUCCAAGCCUCUACCAGUCGAAAGUGCCAGUUACAGCGGAGAUGAUCCUAAAUAAACAAGGACCUGAGGUGACUUCACUACUUCAAGAAACUGGUGAGGAAAUGGCUACUCUGCUAGGGUUCGAUCGCAACUCUCUAGCUGUUCGAGAGAUGAUUUCGAAGAUGAUCGAGUUAGAGUGGAUGAUUACGACCACUGGUGCCAGGCAAUAUUCACACGGAAACGAAGAUUACGAAGUUGUUUCCAUAGCAGAAUUACAGGCGAUAGCACCUGUGCUGAACUGGAAAUUUUUCCUGUCGUCCUUGAUCGGCGAACCGAUUCGUUCUGAUGAGAAGAUAGCGUUAAAGGGAGGAAAGGAAUGGUUGGCGAAAUUCGCACGAAUCUUACUCGAGUACAUGAAGAGCGAAGAGCGACUUUCUGUGGUACGCAACUACAUCAAAUGGAAGACGCUUUUCUUCCAUUUAGCUUAUGUGAAGCCUAAAUGUCGGAAUGGAUACCUAUGGAGUGUUGUCGAAAUAUAUUCUGGUCCUCCUCAUCUUCGCAAGGAAUUCUGCAUAAUGCGGGCAUCUGGGAUUUUCCCACUCUCGUUGCCAUCUGUUCUCAGGAAAAUUGACGGAACGGAGAGAGCAAGAGAGCUCCCAUCGCACUUCAGAAGUUAUCCUGACAAAAUGGAUGACGAAAGAGCAAUGGAAAUCGAAGGCGAUCGUAUAUCUACGGAGCUCUUUUGGUCAAUGGUUUUUGGUGCCGGUGCCGUCUAUAGAGAGAAGAUAGAAAAGCUGAGAAAGCCUGUCGAUCCAAGAGCCUGGGUAGACUCAAGACCAGCGCUCUCCUCGACCCCGAUUCACAACUACGAAAGAAACCUGGUCCAAUUGCCGUACGACAUUGUAAGCUCACCAUUUGCCGACAUCGAUUUACUUGAUUUUGCAUCCAUGGGAACCAUCAUUGGACACGAGAUCACCCACGCGUUUGACGAACAAGGAAAAUCUCACGGUCCAACCGGGAAUCUCGGUCAAAAAUGGUGGUCGCUUGAGUCUAGAAAGAAGUUCCAAGAACGUGAGGCGUGCUAUAUUGAGCAAUACGCUCGUCUGACAGGGUCCAACGACGAAGCCGAAGCUCGUGUCUCGCUCUAUGAAAACAUUGCUGACAACGUUGGAUUGGAAGUGGCUUUUAAGGCCUGGAAUGCACAUGGACGUCGAACUUUUCGAAAACUGGCUGGACUUUCUCUGAAUGAGCAACAAUUGUUCUUUCUUGGAUAUGCCCAAGGCUGGUGUGCGCUGAAAAGUAACCGGCAGCGAGGGGUGCAUAUGUUAGAAGAAAAAAGGCAAGUCAGGCUAGUCAUCGGAGCUCUACAGAACUCGGCCGAAUUCGCGAGUGCGUUCUCAUGUCCGCUAGACUCGCCGAUGAAUCCGCAACGGAAGUGUGUACUCUGGUGA